CACCACGUCACGGUCUGAGGCAGCAGCCAAGGUCUCACUUUGGAACGCCAUCACGUUACGUUACGCGGCGGAGGGGCUUAUACGUUUGUGAUUAAGAAGGAAGUCCUCUCUCCGUGGUUACUUUUUUAACACUUUUCCUCCUGCAAGACUCUAAUCAUUUGUUCGAUCGAGACGGUGCACGUUUACAAGUUUCUCACUUCACACAACCCCGCUUACAGCACACUACAGCACACAACAGCUCACUUACGUCUGAUCUGAUCGAUCAACACACGCGCACAAGCACGCGCACGCAUACCAUCGCUCAAUCGCAACGCAGCCACGCAGCAGCCGUCAAAAUGGGUGUCGUCUCAGCUGUCCUUCUCGUCGUCAUCACCAUCCUGUGCCCUCCCAUCGGAGUCUAUGCCGUCGCCGGAUGUGGCAUGGAUCUCUUCAUCAACAUUUGCCUGACGCUCCUGGGCUAUCUGCCGGGCCACAUUCACGCCUUUUACCUCGAGUAUGUGUACUAUGACCGACGAGAGCAGGCUCGCGAGGGCCGCUUUGCUACCGGACCGGCGCCCGGCGUUUAUUCGGACCACGUGCAGACGGGUGGACAGAGCUACGGUACAAUUGUCCAGACAACGGUUUAAUAGAUAUGCGCAUACGGAUGACGAGACGGUUACACCGAAGGAACAAGGUGAAGGAGUCGAGGGUCACAGUUACAUUAUGCAGGCAUCGACAAACGAAUGGAAGACCGAGACAGUUAGAGGGGCAAUAGCGGAUACCAUCACGUGUGGCUGAAGUCAUGUAUGUUUGGCACACGCAGGCGUACGGAGGCGGUCUCGUCACAUUCUAGUUAGGAGGCAAGGUUAAUAUCAUGGAUCAUGGAAAUUCG